AUGGACAUGAUUAAAGUUUUGUGGCAAAUGACGGUUCCUCUCAAAUUCAAGAUUUUCGCAUGGAGACUAUUGAUUUCAAGAUUACCGUCUAAAGAUUUGCUGCUAAGGAGAGGUGUUGUCAUCGAUGCUAACAAUGCUUGCUGUGAGUUUUGUCGGCUGCACCCGGAAAAUUUGAAUCACCUCUUCUUUGAUUGUAACGUCGCUAACUUGAUGUGGUGUAGAAUUUUCUUAUGGUUGGGAGUUGAUCUCUCAUUCUCUUUAGAUGAUUUUAUGGCGUUUGGCAAAUUUCAAAAGAAGGUGAAAAAUGCAAAUUCAAGAUUGAAAAUCAACACUAUUUGGCUAGCUACAACAUGGAGCAUUUGGUUCAUGAGAAACGCGAUGAUUUUCGAUAAGGUGCCGUAUAAUUUUGAUGAGGUGUAUUCUAACAUUUUGUACUUAUCUUGGAGUUGGCUAGCUAGUAGCAAUCCCUUAUUUGUUGGGUCUUCUUCUCAUCCACCACAACCCACUAAUGAAAGUGAUGACACAAAUGAAGAUGACGUCGAUGAAUCAGAUGAAGAAGACCUUAGUAAUGAAUUAUGA